AUGCGUGGAAGACGUUCUCGCACUGUGAUCAAUUAUGAUCAACAUGGAAACAUGUAUAAGACUCUGACUCCACACGGAUCAAACAGAAUGCGAAACGGAAACGGAUAUCAAGGAAAUCAACACACUCAGCAGAACCAACACUACCAAAACCACCAGAAUCAUCAAAGUCAUCAGAAUCACGCGGCACAAAAUAACAAUCAGAACUCAAUCCAAGAAACGGCAGUUGUUGAAAAGAUUGUAUCCAGGACGAUGCUUUUGGCCAAAGGACAGAUGAAACGACUUCGAGCUGUUCUAGACGAACGUGUUGAGAUUCAUGGAAGAGGAAAUUUCCCGACGAUUUCGACAAAACUCAUUGAUUUGAUUCGGUGUGUUCGGACACAUUUGGGAGCUGCUCAAGUCCGCGCCCGUGAUAUUCGAUUGAAUGGCGGUGCUGCAUCAUUUGUUGCCUCAUCCGAUGACUUCACCUAUGCUGAUCUCGACCUGAUUUUCCCAAUUCAAAUCGACGAUGAAAGUGGUGAGAACGCUGAAAAGACGAUUUUCGAAUCGAUUCGUGAGGCCGUAUUCACAACGAUUCGUGAGCUGAUGCCGGAUAACAUUGGAAAGGAAAAAUUCGAUUUUGAAACUCUCAAGGAUGUUGCAUCCGACAACGACGUCUGGUCGUUGUUCUCUCUGAACAACGAAUACGGACGGUGCAUUGAAUUAAAGUUUGUGAACAAGAUGAAAAGACAAUUCGAGUUCUCUGUCGAUUCAUUCCAAAUCCAUCUUGACCCACUUCUCGACGAUUUUGAGAGUUGUGAACAGAAAAAGGUGACAAUUGAGAGCAUGUAUGGAGAUAUUCAUCAAGCGAUUAAUCAUCUUCACGAAAGAUUAAUUGAUACUGUUAAACCGGAAGAAAUCCGUGGAGGUGGUCUUUUGAAGUAUUGUCAUCUGAUCAUCAGAGGAUACAAAGCUGCCAAACCAUGGAAUUGCCGCAAGUUGGAGAGAUACAUGUGCUCCCGUUUCUUCAUCGAUUUCCCAGACUUGAACUCUCAAGAGAACAAACUUCGCAAUUAUUUGGAUUCUCACUUUGGAACAUCAUUCAACGGUGUUACAUACGAUCAAUGGUCUUCUUCUGGAUCAGAUACCGAAUCUGAAGCAUCCACUUCUCAAGCAACGUCUUCAUCUCUCCUCGUCACUGGUCAAGCUAAAUACGAUUUCUUGAUGCUUUUGUAUCGAGUUAUCGAUGAAAGCACUGUUUGCUUGAUGGCUCAUGAACGACAUAUGACACUGAACAUGAUUGACAGAGUAGCUUUCCAGCUCUCAAUGCAAUGCUACAGCCCACCAAACUUCUCAUCUGGCUCAUCGACCCCUCCCCGGACAACCCUUUUUUAUCUGCCUCCAGACGCAGCGACGUGGAUUCCAGUAAUCUGA